UAAAACUUUUAAAGCUUGUAAAAAAAACUCAAAAUAUUUAACAAUUAGUAUUUUUAACACUAUCCAAACAAUAAAAUUUUAAAAUAAAUAAAUUUAAAUUACUUAAAAUUCUAAAUAAAAAAAAAAUGAAUGCAUAAAUCACUUCACUCAUGUAUUUUUGUGUCUCAACGUCUUACGUUUUCUAUUUGUCAGUGAGUCUGGAAUUGGAAGAGUAUGUGCUGCAUUUUAUUACUCUUGUUUUUUGUAUUUUUAGACUUAUUAAUGUUAUUACUUUCUCUCAUGCAUGUUUUUCGUUUUCAAUUUGCCAAAUUUGGAAAUGAAAAAUCAACAGACACAGUUUUUCCAACUAACAAUUCCUCACAUCAUUUUUGGCCUACCAAACCUCUCUCACUUGCUUUCAAUGGAUGAACAACCAUCCUCUCCCUGCAGAAUUGAAAUUUGAAUCAACCUUGUUAUUAUCAUCUCAAUCCAGAUAUAUAAAGAAAAAUACAUUUAAUUUAUUUCUUAUCAUUAUUACCUUCUUCUCUUUUCUCUCCUUUUCGAAACCAUUUUCGAAACCAUUCUAUUAUGCAUCUAGAUUUGUUGAAUCCUAUUUUUUUGAGUGUGUUAUAACGUUGUAAUGGAUCAAAGUCAAGGUGGUGGUGAAAAUGUUCCACACAAGUCUCAAAAGGAACCUGAAAAUUAUAACAAAGAAACAGUUUUCUUACAUGGUGACUUAGAUAUAUUGAUCAUAGAAGCAAAAUCUCUUCCGAAUCUAGAUUUUUCGACUGAAGCAGUUAGGAAAUGUCUCACUAUGGGAAAUAGUUGCUCACCGCCUUUUGUAAAAGGACUCAAAACACACUCAGGAAAAGAUAAGAUCAUAACAAGUGAUCCUUAUGUAUCUGUUUGUUUAGCCGGUGCAACUAUAGCGCAAACAAGAGUUAUUCCGAAUUGCGAAAACCCUUUAUGGGAUGAACAUUAUACUGUUCCUGUUGCUCAUCCGGUUCAGAAAGUCGAGUUUCUAGUGAAGGAUAAUGAUAUUCUUGGUGCUGAACUUAUCGGAGUUGUGGAAAUACCUGUUCAUAAGAUACUUUCUGGUAACUCUUUGAAUGAUUGGUUUCCGAUUAUUGGUCAAUAUUCAAGCUGCUUAAAACCUUAUCCUGAAUUGCAUAUUUCAAUUCAGUAUAAGCCAAUUGGUAUAUGUAAUGACAAAAAGGGAAGUGUUGAUUUUGGUGUUCCUGAUACAUAUUUUCCGCUUAGGAAAGGCGGGAGUGUCACUCUUUAUCAAGAUGCGCAUGUACCGGACGGUAUGCUACCACAGAUUGAACUUGAAGAUGGAAACUUUUUUCAGCAUAGUAAAUGUUGGGAGGAUAUUUGUCACGCGAUUUUGGAAGCUCAUCAUAUGAUAUAUAUUAUUGGAUGGUCGAUUUUUCACCCCGUGAAGCUUGUUCGCGAGCCUACGAAACCAUUGCCUUCUGGUGGAGAGCUUUCACUUGGAGAGUUGUUGAAGUACAAGUCACAAGAAGGGUUAAGAGUUGUUAUGUUGAUUUGGGAUGAUAGAACUUCACAUGACAAGUUUCUUUUGAAAACAGAUGGUGUCAUGCAGACUCAUGAUGAAGAAACGAAAAAGUUUUUUAAACAUUCAACUGUUCAUUGCGUGUUAUCUCCGCGUUAUGCGAGCAAUAAACUCAGUAUUUUCAAGCAACAGGUUGUUGGAACCCUCUUUACGCAUCACCAGAAAUGUGUGCUUUUAGACACUCAAGGUUCUGGGAAUACUCGGAAAAUAACCGCAUUUAUCGGUGGUCUGGAUCUAUGUGAUGGCAGAUAUGACACACCUGAGCAUAGGAUUUUUGAUGAUCUUGAUACUGUCUUUCAUAAUGAUUUUCAUAAUCCUACAUUUCAAUUAAGUUCUAAUUCUCAUGCACCAAGACAACCGUGGCAUGACUUACAUUGCAAAAUUGAAGGUCCGGCUGCAUAUGAUAUACUGACCAAUUUUGAACAAAGAUCACGGAAGGCUAAAAAAUGGCGCGAUUUCAGACUCCGAAAGGUGACAAAUUGGCACGAUGAUGCUUUGCUAAGGCUAGACCGUAUUUCGUGGAUUGUUAAACCAUCUUCUGGUCCUGAUGGUGAAGAAUGCGUUCGUGUAACCGAAGAAAAUGAUCCCGAGAGUUGGCAUGUACAGGUAUUUCGGUCCAUAGAUUCAGGAUCUGUGAAGGGAUUUCCAAAGGAUUUUGACAAAGCAAAGGCUCAGCAUCUUUUAUGUGGCAAAAAUUUAAAAGUUGAUCAAAGCAUCCACAUGGCUUACGUAAAAGCAAUAAGAGCAGCUCAACGCUUCAUUUAUAUUGAGAAUCAAUAUUUUCUUGGCUCUUCAUAUCACUGGCCUUCAUAUAAAAAUGCAGGCGCAAACCACUUGGUUCCGAUGGAGAUAGCAUUGAAGAUCGCGAGCAAGAUAAGCGCGAACGAACGAUUUUCUGUGUAUAUAGUUAUACCAAUGUGGCCAGAAGGAGUGCCAACUAGUGCUGCUGUUCAAGAAAUCUUGUUCUGGCAGGGACAGACAAUGUCUAUGAUGUACAAGAUUGUUGCAGAUGCGCUUGCGAAAGCAGGUCUAUCUGAAUGUUAUCAUCCACAAGAUUAUCUCAAUUUUUACUGUCUUGGAAAGAGAGAACCUCAAACGCACGAAACUCCAUCGACGCCAGCUCACUCGUCUGAAAAUCGCGCCUUGGGAUCAGUUAAAAAAUACAGACGUUUUAUGAUUUAUGUUCAUGCAAAAGGAAUGAUAGUUGAUGACGGAUAUGUAAUAAUUGGAUCAGCAAAUAUUAAUCAGAGAUCAAUGGAUGGAUCAAGGGACACAGAAAUAGCCAUGGGAGCUUAUCAACCAAAACAUACAUUAGCAGAAAAGAACUCUCUUCCACGCGGCCAGGUGUAUGGAUACAGAAUGUCACUUUGGGCCGAGCACCUUAAAAGUAUUGAUGAGACAUUUACCGAACCUCACACGUUGGAAUGUGUACGACAUGUGAAUCGAAUUGCUAGAAAAAAUUGGAGCUCAUAUGUGUCUGAAGAAGGUCAUCAUCAAAUGAGGGGAAACUUGAUGCAUUAUCCAGUUCAUGUUAGCAGAAAUGGAAAAGUUAGUUCAUUGGAGGGUUAUGAGUAUUUUCCUGAUGUUGGUGGGAAAAUUCUUGGAGCACAGAAUUCACUUCCGGAUGCACUAACCACAUGAUUGACCAGUUUAUAUUUUUAAAAUUAUCUUUUGAUACAUAAUAUGUAACAUUCAUGAUGCAGAUAAAUGAAUUGGCAGUGAUUUUUGAUCCACAGUCUUUUCUUAUGACUUACUCUAUUGUUUAUUAUCUAUGGAAGAAAUCAAAGAUGGAAAACAAGUUAUUGUCA